CUUAUCUAUCGAACAAGAAAUAUUCUUCAACAAAAAGACUAAAAAUGAUGCUAAUGAAAUGCUUAUUAUUAUUAUUAGCCACUAUUGGCAUGUUUACGAUGUUUGUUCAAUCAGCCAAUCCACUGGCUGAACUAGCAGCUGAACUGUUACCGGAAGAUUUGAGAUCAGGUCUCCUAUUUCUUGACUGCGCUGAAGAAUAUGAAGAGGAAAAAACAAUAACUGAAAAUUAUCAGCAUGUGAAGGUUGUGAUAGCUUGAGGCUUUCAUUUCGUGGGAAUUUGAAUGUUUAUUGCUUUCUAUUUGGAUGAUGAUAUAUUUUGUUUAAAUAUUGCACGAUUUCUAGUAAUUACUUGUUUUCUUCAUUUGAUUUAUAAGAAUUAUGUAACUGUUUAUCGUUAAACUUUUUAAAUCAUACAAAUUGAUAUUUUGUCAUAUUUAUCUUGUCUUAUUGACUCGUUUCAAAUAAACUUCUGAGAA